CCUCUUCAUGCUGAACUCUUCAGUGGGACAGCCCAGAGAUUCGGGUGCCAGCAGCCUUGUCCCCUGUGUAGGUGUCACUGCAGAGGCCUCGCUGUGAGAAGGGACAGGUGGUGUUUGGGGACGCUGCUCCCUGGGCAGGGACAGGAGCUGCCUGUCAGUGACGCUGCAGCCGCGUUUCUGCUGGCAAGGCAAAGCCCAGCACGGCCCCGCUCUGCUGGGGCUGCCAGAGCUCAGAUGGGAUCCGUGCAGCCCUGUCAGGAAUCACUGCCACUGCUGGCUUUACUUCAGGGAUUAGUGCCCAUCUUAGCACUGAUUUCCAGAAGAGACUGCAGCAAUGCCUGUUUUUCUAACUGAAUAGCUUCUGGAAAUGUUUGCAAGUCUGUUUAAAUGUUUUCCUUUACCGUUACACGUGGUUGCAGUGGGAGCAGCUCUGUGCACACGUGGCUCUUUGCCUGUUCCAGCGUGGACAGUACAACCUCUGUUAGGCUGAUGGCUUGAUUUCACAAAACUUUCUCUUCAAAACUCUAUUGCUUACAGCCCUGGGCUCGAGUUAAGCAAACAACUUGUGCUUUCAUUGGGUGUUUUGUCUUUUGUUUGCUGUUUAAUGGCAUUUCAGCUGAGUGAUCCGUGCAGUGCAGCCAGUGAUUCAGCAAUGUGCUCUUGGGUCACAGAGAGCUCUGUGCCUGUGGCACUCUGGCACUUGGCACUGCUGUAUCCAGAGCGAGCCAGAGCCUGAGGAAUUUGGUGAGUGUUGUACUUGUAAACUUGUCAAAAGAUCUUCCCUCAGUAAAAUCAGAUAAUAGCAAGUAAUUGAACUGUUUCUAAGAUCUCUGCUCUAAAUGGACUCUUUAAGCUGUCUUGGCAUUUGGCUUUGCAAAAUGUCAUUUCCUAUUCAUUUUUGUUAAAUGUUUGACUUACUGACAUCUCCCUUUUCAGAGGCUGCAAUUUGGGUUUGAUGUCUGAUCAAAACCACUGUUUAAAUGAAGGGCCUUAAAUUAUUGAAAUUGCAGCAGGAAAGCAUUUUAUAUUCUCUUUAGGCACGUGUUCAACUGAACCUGUAUCGGGUUUAGAAUGGAAUCAUCUGGACACAAAUGAGGUGACCCUCUUAAGUGUGUGCAAUUCACUGCUGGCAGAAAUAGCCCAGGUACAUUUGGGGGAAUUUGGAGGGGUUUUAGGUGCUAGAAUUAACAAUAACCAUCUAUCAUACUGGGUACCUUGAUAUUUGUUGCAUUCUCAGCUUUUCUGAUAUUUGAAAUUUUUAAAAUUAUUUUUUUAUACUUCAGAAGAGCUUGCUUAUCUUUCUUACAUUGCUGUCAUGAACUCAUUUUUCUGAACUCUAAGCAGUCUUUGAUGUGGGGUAACUGCUCCAAAAUCCAGCUGCCUGGUUGGCUACAGCUGAGCUGGAUAAUCCUGGAGCAGGAAACAGACGGUGGUAGAUGUCAGGUUGUAGAAUCACUGAGUUUUUUAGCUUGGAAAAGACCUCCAAAAAUGAGUCCAACCAUUUCCCCAGUACUGCCAAUGCCACCAGUAACCCAUGUCCCCAAAUGCCACAUCCACACGGCUCUAGGGGUAUUUACUGCACCACUGCCCUGAUCCAAUGCCUGACAACUCUUCCAGUGAAUAAUUUUUCUGCUAUCCAAUCUAAACCUCUCUGGUGCAAUUUGAGGCUGUUUCCUCUAGUCCUGUUGCUUGUUAUUUGGGAGGAGAAGAGCCUGAGCCCACCUGGCUUCAUCCUCUUUUCAGGGAGUUGCAGAGAGUGAGAAGGUCCCUCCUGAGCCUCCUUUUCUCCAGGCUGAGUCCCCCCAGCUCCCUCAGCUGUUUCUCAUCACACCUGUGCUCCAGAGCCUUCCCCAGCUCUGUUGUCCCCCUCUGGACAUCUCUUACAGACAUUUGUCCCCAAGGGUGGGUUGACUCCCAUUUUAAACUCUUCACUGUAGAUUGUUUUGCAGGGUACGCACAGCUGUCCUGCUUCACCUGGCUCUUACACAGGGCUCUUAGCAAACUCCCAACCACCUAAUAAGCUUUAUGAAGGCUCAAAAUAGUCCUGAAUCAAGUCUGAUUAGAGACUGAGACUUCCUCUUUAAAGAGCAAGGGAUCCAGAACUCAAGAUCUGCUUAGUCUGACAUUUUUUCCACAGUGCAGCAGCUGCCCAGACUUGCAGACUGUCUGCCACUUGGCAUUGGAUGUUUUCACCCAAAAUCCUUUGUGAAACAGGAGAGUUUUCUAGCACCACCUUUAGCAGUGAUGUAUUCCUGUGAGAAGCUUCUGGUUUGGACUAAUUGCUGCUGCUGCACGGAAGGAGGAGCUCCUACAAGGCUGUGUUUAAUUCUGGCUGCUCUGUGAGGACAGGGCUGGAGAUGCCCUGGCCAUGAAGAGUGUAUUAACUCACUACAACUGGGGGUGGGUUUUGUGUGGGGAUGCAGAGGGAAAUUGGAGCCGUAGUUGUUCCUCCAUGCCAAGCAUUACCUGGUGCUUUGAAUCAGCUCAAGGCAGUGCCAGCUCAGAGCCAAUCUGGCUGCCAACCUCUCUUCCACAGCCCUGGUGAGAUUGAGAUUGUCUUCUUUGGAGAGGAGUCAUGGCCUGUGGGGUGGCAACAAUUUGGAAGCACUUGAGUCCUGUGGACCUUCUUGCAAGAACAACCCAGGCUCCUCAAAAACUUUGUGCUUUUUUCCCCAUGGAAACCUGCCUGCUCAUGAAAUUUCAUCCUUGAAGCUGUAAAACUCCUCUCUGUGGGAGCUGCGCUGAGACCUGCAGCCAGUUUGGAAGGCUCCAAUGUAUUUGUAAGCUCAUGUUUGCUGCAGGCUGAGCUGCUAAGCCUUCCUGCGGGCCUGGAAAUUCAAGCACUCAAGUAAAAAAGGACCCUGGAGGAUUUCCUGUGCCUGUGCUCAUUGCCCAAGCAAGGAAGCUGCUCCAGAUGGUUGUGCCCUGCACGGCUCUCCUGAGAUCUCAUCAUCUGGCAGGAGCCUGGGGUGGUGCUGCCACAAGGGCAGUGUGCCAGCUCUGUCCUGGGAAGGAGCUGUGGACACAGGAGACUUUCAUGAAGAUGAGACUUUCAUUUCCCUGAAGCUUUAAAUGUGAAGGAGUUUUCCACGACCAGCACGGGGUAAAUGCAGUCAGCAUGAGCUAGAGGUCAGUGCCUGUCUUCCAACCUGGCAGCAGGGCUCCAGCUCCCUAAAUCUCUGUUUACUCUGAGUUGUCUAAUGCCCUGUUGUGAAACCACGUUGGAGGCAAGAAGAAUGAGAGAGUUUGCUGUUGGCUUUCACUGGGGGCUGGAGCAGAGGCUCAGCACUGCCCUGCCAGUCCCUCCUGUGUGUGAGGUGCUCUCCUUGCUCUCCUGCCUCUGUUGGGUUUGUAUCCUGGUAACUUGGCUUGUGCUCAGGUGCUGAGAACUCCCUGCGGUCCCUGGAGCUCUGGGAAGCAUGAACAAAACUCAUCCCCAGAGAAACGGUGCUGUAGCUACUUUUGGUUCAACAGAGUCCACUGGAGCAAGAGGCUGCUGCCAUCCCUGUGGUGCCCGCUGCCAUCCCCGUGGUGCCCGCCCUGGCUGCACACAGAGACACCUCUGCAUCUCUGCCCUGGCACUGCUCGUCCUCGCCGCCGUGGCCUCGGGGGUGGCAGCCCUGGCACUCCUGCCACGGGCACCAGUGAACCGCCUCUGCACAGCCCCGAAUAACAGGACAGGCUUCCUGUGUGACGACAGAGUGACUUGUGUCCCAGCCAGCUGGGUCUGUGACAGAGUCAGCAACUGCAGGAAUGGAGAGGAUGAGCAGGAGCAGCUCUGUGAUGACUUGCCCCACAGCCUCCCAGGAUACCUGGUUUUCUACUGCAGCAACCCCAGAUCCUGGGUUUAUGCUGACCAGAGGUGUAACGGGAUGAACGACUGCGGGGACUGCUCUGACGAGACCUGGAGUGUGGCUGCCUGCCCCCCGUGCGGGCAGGAGUGGUGGAGCUGCAGCCCUGUGCACUUCCAGUUCUGCUCCUGCAUCCCCAGGAGGCUGUGCCGGGAUGGCAUCCAGCACUGCCUGGGCUGGUCCGACGAGUUCCUCUGCACAGCCUGAAGCCUGGCACCUGGCCCUGCUGGGGACAGCAGGGUGCUUCCCACACGUCACCCUGGAGCCUCGGGGUCCUGUCCUGCCACCUGCUUGGGAAGCUCCAGCCCGAGCAAAUCCUCCCCAGCAGCGCAGUGACACCGAGCAGGGCCUGUGGAUGCUGGCUGUGGGACAGCUGCCAGGAGGCCGUGCCACGUCAAGGUGACACUUCCUUCAUGGGCAGCAGUGCCUCGAUGCUGGGCUGGAGAGGCUUCAGCAGCCAUGGCUGGCACAGCCCUGGGCCUGGGGUUCCUCCUCUGUGCACAUCCUGGCGCCUCUGCAGGCAGCCACGCUGAGCUGCCCCGAGGAGCAGGAGCUGAGCGAGGUGAGGUGAACACACCCUCAUAGUCCUGAUCUUCACUGGCAGGAGGAGAAGCUUCUAUUUGUGUUCAGAACACAUCUGCAGGUGUUUUUAGCAGUGACUUUGAGGGCUGUGUGCUGAUGCUCCUGGGACACUUCCUUGGGAAUGCUGUGCUGGGAGUGACACCGUGGGGAGCUGCUGCUCAGGACACCUCCUGCUCUCUUCUCAAAUCGUGAAGGCCAAUGCAGAGAGUGUAAUGGCAUGGAAAACUGGAGAACUUUCAGGUUUUGGGGGAUAAAUCAUGUCCCUGUGACAGAGUAGCUGUCCCUGAGAGCCAGGGCAGGGAACCAGCAUGUAAAUAACCUGCUCUUCACUCAGGGCUGUGCAGUUUUGCAGCAGCAGGGAGAACAGCCAUGGAGCUGGGAUGGGUCUCGGUGAAGUUGGCAAAGAAAGGAGGAAAAGGAAGUCUCAGCCUUGGAGCAGAGAGCAGCAGAAAAUCAAGUGCUGCUCCCAGGGUGGUGUGGGAUGACAGUGGAUCUGUUUGCUGCUUGUUUUGUUCCUCUGCCAGCAGGGCACAAGCAGGCAGCCAAGGAUAUAGGUGUGGACAUGACACUGAAAUUCAAGAAAGAUGAGGUUCUCUCUGCUCCUUUGAAAAUCUCAUCUGUGUCUAAAACAUUGAGGAAAAACCCACAUUUACAGUGAGUACUCUUACUUUUCUAGGCCCAAAAAAACCCAUGAGGUGAUCUUCCCAAUGGCUCCUCAGGUCAUAGGUAUUUAAAAAUAAACCCCUGUUCACUCGUUUCUUCUCAGUCCUGUGAUCUGCAGCUCUGCCUGUCACUGUAACUCAGAUCAAUGGUGAAUGUUGCUUCUAAUUUGUCACUGAGAUACAGCUGGAAAUCUGAGAGAUCUUUUUAUAAAUAGCUUUACAGUAUUGUGACUCACACUCUGCCUGGAAUGAGAUGGCAAAACUUGGCAUGGGAGAAUGUUAAAGCUGCUUUUGCUCACCUGUCUCUCUCCAGGCCUGGCCAGGGUGCACAGCUUGUUUUCUCUGUGCCUGUAAAAUGUCAUCCCAGGGCAGUAAGGACUGAACUAAUCUGUUAAAAAUACAUAUAGGAACCCUCAUGCUCAGCACAGGGCCCAGGUAAUGAGUUUGGUAAAAUUAGGAUGGGUAAAAAAAUGUGCAUCUCUCCAUGGUCAGAUCAGCAUAUCUCCAAAGGUGGAAGGGGUGGCCAAAAAUUCCAUGGUGGCAAUUGCACCAGAGGCAGCUUGAGGGGGAAGGAUGCACAUCUUCCUCCCCACUGAGCCACUGUUUUGAGUCACAAUUUGUGCCAUAAUUUGUCUCAGCAGAGAGCUGAUGUAGUUGUCAGGGGAAGGUAUUAAUAGCCUUGAGUUUCUGGGAAAAGAAAUUAGGAUUUGACUGCAAGUGUGCCUGUUUUUUGUGUGUGUGUGUAGUCCUUUUCUGAAGACAAUUCAGCAGUAAGGAAAAGACAAAGGGGUUUUGUUCUUUAUGCAGUUCUGAGCUGAAGUUCAUUUUCUUGGCCUCUUCAUGGUUUCCAAGGAUGUGCUGCUUUUCUUGGUGAUGAAUUACGGUAGACAACAGGGAAGAUACCCUCUGAAGAAGCACUAGUAGGGGAAACCUGGAGAAAAUCCUCGGCCUCAUGAGGCCUAAGAGGACAAUGAUGAGCUCUGUGCACCUCAGCCAGUUGGGAUGGAAACACUCAGGGCAGGAAUUCAAUGUUUAACAGUUACCUGCAGCAUUGCAGCUGCACACACCAACACAGAACAGGUCUGAGUGUCCAGGUGAUUUACAGCUGAUCUGCAUAAUUAAUAUUUGAAUUAUAAAUGCCCCUCAGUGUUUUCGGAUGGAGAAGCACCGUUAGUGUAUUGCAGGCAAAAUGAAAAUGGGUUUUAAACCACAGAAUGAUCUCAAAUGCAGUGAAUUUGCUUGUAAGGGAGAAUAUAUUACAACUGCAGAGCAUAAUCUCUACAGUAACCUAAUUCCAGCUCUCAUUUCCUGGGCUAAAACGAGAAAGAAAAGGGACUUGUGUUCCACUUUGUGCUUCUGCAAUGGCUGUUGGCGAGGUGUUACUGCCUCUGCCUCCCUUCCCAGAGGUCUGUGCUUAUCCUUUGUGCUCCCUCCCUCUGCACAGCCCCAUCAGCACAGCCUGGUGCUUUCAGGCUGAGGUUUCUGUUCCAGCAGCACUGUGAACAUCCCAU